AUGUCUAGUUCGCCAGAAAGCAGGGUAACCUCUGCACCUUCCUUUGAUACCUUUUACUCACCUAAGAACGUAUCUUUCUACGCAUCUAAGCCUUACACGUCUCUCUCUCGUCACGAUAGAGAGAUCCGCCUUAUCAGGGUCUUUCCCGGAGCCCGCGACGAUCCAGUUGUAUGCGAACUUCUUCCGCCGGAACCACUUCUGACGGCCAAGUAUCUUGCCCUCUCUUACUGCGCCGGCGAUCCGAGUGUGACAUCACCCAUAACUGUCAGCGGCCUGCAGUUCAAUGCAUUUGCCAGUCUCGAAGCUGCGCUGCGCAGGUUGCGGCUGUCACCAGAUGAUUACGACGAGGAACGUCCCCCUGCACUUCUGUGGACAGACCAGAUCUGCAUCGACCAGAGCGACCCUUCUGAACGAGCGCAUCAAGUAGGACUUAUGCGGGAUCUCUACGGAAGGGCUGGACGAGUCAUGGUGUGGCUGGGUGAAGAAGGAAGAGGAGGAGCCGGACUACAGUGGUUGGACGGUCAGUACGGUAAUAUUGAGCACAUUGUUACCGACAUAGACCUGGAAAUCAAGAACCACGACGACGAGGAGACAUUGGGUGCUAUUGACUAUGUAUCCGACUUGCUUGGAAAAACUUUGGCGGAAGAACACUUCGAAGACCCGGAACUCAUCGAGGCGUGGAUGGGAGUCCGGGAUAUCGUAUUCAGUCCGUGGUGGGGACGCUGCUGGGUGGCACAGGAGCUCAUUGUUUCACGCAACGCUGUGAUUAUGUUUGGAGAUGUGACCAUGUUCUGGGACGAUUUCAAAGUUGCAUACACUGUUGUCCGCUCUUUCGUGCGGGCUGUUGCCAGAGAUUUGCUGACUCAGUCUCGCGAUGUCCCGUUUUCGGAACAAAAAGUGGAACACUGCAAGAGCAUGAUUGGCAAUUGGAAGACCGACAUCGACUUUAUGAUCGAUCAACAAACUGAAUGGAUGAAGGGCAAUUCUAUACCGAUGAAGAUACUCCUGCGGCACGCAAGGCACGCUCAAUCUUCGGACCCCAGAGACAAGAUCUAUGCAUUUCUUGGACUAGGGAAAUCAGGCUACAGUAUCAUUCCGGACUAUGACAGCUCAAACUCCGUCACCGAUGCCCACUGCCAUGCAACAAAGCAAAUCAUACUGUAUGACGGGGAUCUCGGAAUGCUGAAUUUCGCACAGAACCACGACACGAGUCCCCCUGAUCUGCCAUCGUGGACUCCUUUUUGGUGCUUACCCAAUGAUCGCUUGUCUAUUACCGUAGACCAAUUCCACGAGUAUGAUGCUUCUGCGUCUCGUAGAGCAAUCGCAUCGUUUCAUCCUGAUGUAGAGGGCCGACUUGACCGCGUCCUGAGAGUGGCAGGCGUUGUCAUCGAUCAAGUAGCCACUGGCACAAUAAAGGUUCGGCGUAACGGAGGACACGUCCGUGAAGACUUGAAUGGUUGGCUCUCAACGAUCGACAUAGACCUCGACAACCCCUCGCACACUUCCAGGCUUUACUUUACCGGAGAAAAUAUCACGGCUGCCAUUCUUUCUACUAUGCAUCUUGGUCAACAGGAGCUGAGUGAAUCAAGCGAGAGCGUGGACGAGUUUGAAGCGAAGCGUGUGAGAAUACGAGCAGAGCAUCAGAAUAGACGUCUUCAAGAGGUGUCAACUGACGAAGAGCGUUGCUUCUUCUUCAGCCCAAAUGGAUGCAUUGGGAUAGCCAACGGCAAGCCUUUACACACAGAUGUUCUGACCGUGCUCCUCGGUGGCACAAUGCCUUUCAUUCUGAGAAAGAUUGGUAACCAAUACAAAUUGGUCUGCGAAGCAUACGUGCACGGCUUCAUGCAUGGGAGAGCUAUCGACAUGAUAGAUCGCGGCGAGCUUAAGCUGCAGAAUUUCGAUAUCAUCUGA